UGAUGUUUUGGCACUGCCUAUUUUCAAACAGGAAGAUUCCAGCCUUCCACAAGAAAAUGAGACCAAACAUCCACCCUUCCAGUAUGUUAUGUGUGCUGCGACAUCUCCAGCAGUAAAAUUAUAUGAUGAAACUCUUACAUACUUGAAUCAAGGUCAGUCCUAUGAGAUACGGAUGCUAGAUAAUCGGAAAGCUGGAGACAUACCAGAGAUCAAUGGAAAACUGGUGAAGAGUAUUAUAAGAGUUGUGUUCCAUGACAGAAGGUUGCAGUAUACAGAGCAUCAGCAGCUAGAAGGUUGGAAGUGGAACCGCCCUGGGGACAGACUUCUCGACUUAGAUAUUCCAAUGUCUGUUGGAGUCAUUGAUAUCAAGACAAAUCCAAGCCAGCUCAAUGCAGUUGAAUUUUUGUGGGAUCCAACAAAAUGUACAUCUGCUUUUAUUCAGGUACAUUGUAUCAGCACUGAAUUUACCCCUCGUAAACACGGAGGAGAGAAAGGAGUUCCUUUUAGGAUUCAGGUUGACACUUUUAAACAGACGGAAAAUGGAGAAUAUACAGAUCAUCUGCAUUCAGCCAGUUGUCAGAUCAAAGUUUUUAAGCCAAAAGGAGCAGACAGGAAACAGAAAACAGACAGAGAAAAGAUGGAAAAGCGAACUGCACAUGAAAAAGAAAAGUAUCAGCCUUCAUAUGACACCACAGUUCUUACAGAGUGCUCACCAUGGCCUGAUACUCCUACAACAUUUGUAAACAACAGUCCUACUCCUGCUCCAACUUUUACCUCUGCUCAACAUAAUACCUACAGUGUCCCAGACAGCAAUUCUUCCUCCCCAAAUCAUCAAGGAGAUGGAACCUCUCAAGGGUCUGGAGAUCAGCUUCAUCCUUCAGCCACAAUUCAGGAAACUCAACAAUGGUUGCUCAAGCAUAGGUUCUCUACCUAUACAAGGCUUUUUUCAAAUUUCUCAGGUGCUGAUUUAUUAAAGCUGACAAGAGAAGAUCUGGUACAAAUCUGUGGUCCAGCCGAUGGAAUUCGGCUAUAUAAUGCACUGAAAUCCAGGUCUGUUAGGCCUCGUUUAACAAUCUACGUCUGUCAGGAGCCAUUAAGGAGCAUACAACUGGAAAGACAAGAUGCAGGCAAUGGCGAUAGCAGCAACGGUGCAAUAUACGUUUAUCAUGCAAUCUACUUAGAAGAAAUGGCAGCCUCAGAAGUCACGCGCAAGCUUGCUUUGGCAUUUAAUAUUCCUUUGCAUCAAAUCAACCAAGUUUACAGACAGGGUCCCACAGGUAUCCACAUCCUUGUUAGUGAUCAGAUGGUUCAAAAUUUUCAAGAUGAGAGUUGUUUCUUAUUCACCACAAUAAAAGCUGAAAAUGGUGAAGGCUUCCAUAUAAUUUUGAAGUGAUGUCACACGAUUGCUAGACUGAUACUCCAACGCAGAACAAAGUCCUGCCUAAAGAUUGCGAAGAUCAUCCAAAACCUUAGGAUCUAACUUCACCGUAUAAGAUGUUUCAUAUUGAAAACACAAAAUGACCUUUCUAAUGAGCUGUUUGAGAGGUGAACUUUCUUAUCACUGCCAUAGCGAAGUGUCCUCAUGAGAGGUGUGACGCCAGGACAGCUUACGUACAGGCACGGAAGACAAUGUAAGCAAAGGUGCUUGCCCUUGUCUGAAAUGAGGCAAAUUAUGGCCAGUAGAUACAGUUCCUAGAAGCGAAGCGCUCUUGCUUUUCUCUACCUGUAUCCAGUUGGAGAUGAAUGUAAACUUACUCUGGGGCAUUUACCUUUCUGUGCCAGUUUGUCUGUUACUUGCUUGUACCUUAUGCUGGUUUUAUUUU